AUGUAUCAUAUCAUAGCGAGAAGUCUUGCUCAUUGGGAAGAUCCAAUGUAUUCAGGCGGAUUUCUAGGAGUGGGUCUAGCAAUUAUUAUUUUUACCUCUCAGUUUUCACUGUUCAACACCUUCUGCGCGUUGGCCGUUUUCUCGCUGUUUGUAAAUUGGUUGUACGUGAUCGGCAGGAAACAAUUAAUGGUUCUGCUCAACAGAGAAGAUGCUAAUCCAUACGAACAUUAUUUCGUGGAAAAACCGUGGUAUAUCGAACGUGCUACAGUUGAAAGAUAUCUUGACGUUGUUGUUGAUGGUUCCAACUUUAUAUUACAAGAGAGUCAAAAGAUUGUUUUAGUCGAUGACCCUAUGAGAACCCUCAAAGCUUCGGAUUCCGGUUUUGCUCCAGAAGAGUCAUCGGCGAGCCACGAAGACGCGUCCUUCAUAGAGGAGGAAACUUUGUUAUCCGACGAUUUUGAAGAAACCAGUUUACCCGACACCGAAAAAUGGGAAAUGAUUGACGCGUGGUUGAGGAAACUUUACAAGGAUAAGCCGGUGCCACUUUUUGAAAGGAAUUCGUCUACGGUCAAAGCCUUAUACAAGAUGGCUCUUUUUAAUCAGCAACAGGACGCCAUGGCAGAAAUUAUUCUUCAACAACAAAGAAUUCACGCGUCCGAAUAUCGUGCUGAAGCUUCACGGAUCAAAGAUAUUUUGGACACGAUAGGAAUUUGUAAGGACAAUUUGCCUAAAAAUGGUGUCCUCGCAUUAAGAUCGUUGGCCUCUUUGGCUACAAUUUUGGACUUGGGAGAUGUCGAAAGAAGCAGACUUUUGUUGAACCUUCGAGAAAGAUGGAAUUCGAAAGAGAAGAAAACGCUUGGAGAAUGGGAGGCGAGCGCAAACCUGCUUGGUUUCAAAGCAAAAGAGUAUCACCAGAAAUUAACACGAUUGGAGAGACAGUACUCGUCGUUGAACGUUGAGGGGGGAGGAUUAAGGUAUCAAAGUUUGAAGCAAAAGGAGGAGGAUGUAAGAGCUUUGGAGAAACAAGUAAAAAUCGAAGCAAAAAAACUGCAAACUUAUAAAGUCUUGCCACCGGAUAUCACCUUGGCUCAAUACAAGUUGGAUGAAGCUAGACAAACUCUGAUGGUUCGACAAAAUUUUGUUGGCAUUGUUGUGGGGACUGCGAUGCAGAAAACUGUCAAGGUUCGAGUGGCAAGGCAAUUCGUUCAUCCCAAAGUUCACAAGGAAGACAUGACCUGUCAAGAACUUCAAAUUUACAACGAACAAUGUUCGCUGGGCGACGUGGUUAAAAUUGAGGCUUGUAGACCUUUGAGCAAGAUGAAAAGUUUUACCGUCACCGAGAUCCUGAGGGAGGCAAGGACUUGGAAAAAUCCGGUUACUGGGGAGGUCAAAAGAUAA